AUGUCUGAAGUAUACCUAGAAUACGUUGAAGAAUUUAGUAUUGAGAUAGCAGAUUUUUGCCCAAUUAGCCCAACAUGUAAAAUGCCUUUACCGGAAACAAUGCCAAAACGAAAUAAUGGAGUUAUAAAUAUACAGAAUAAUGAUGAAUGGUGCUUUGGAUGGAGUAUUCUAGGAGCAUUACACCCAGUUAAAGUUCACCCUGAGAGAAACCCGCAUCUGUUAUAUGGUAAAUAUAUUGAUGAGCGAAAUAUGUUAGAUAUUCCAAUUCCAGUACCAGUAUCUACACCUGUUUAUAAAAAAUUUGAAGAAAAUAAUCCGGAAAUAAGCCUAUAUAUUUCCGAAAGAAGAGGUUCAGAAUUUAAGGAAAUUAAUUUACUAGUUAUUCUUGAAGAAGAAAUUCAUAAUAUAGAAGCAAAUCCACGCUCACAUUAUUGUAUUAUUAAAGAUAUCCAUAUAAUCAUAUCAAAGACUGCACUCUAUGCAUUUGGCAUAAAAACGUGCAUGUGGAAAAUCAAAGUUCAUAGAACAUCUAGAUUAUGUGACAUUAAUGCAUUUAGAGAACAGGCAGCACUAGACAAUUCUAAUGUUCAUAGUUUUAUCUCUGAAGGAUUAGCACUUGUUGAGGAAGGAACUUCAAGCAAUGAAGAAAUUGAAUUAAAUAAAUGGUUUUACGAAUUAUCAAAAAUUAUUUUACAAUCACUCACUUUAAUGUAG